GCUUCACUCCUCUUUCCUCUCACUGAUCGUCCCUCUCGGUGUUUCAGCGGAGGGGCUGCACGCGCGAUUGCGCUAUUGAUAGCCACUUUACACUGUGUCUGUGGAAAGUCAGCCUCUCUUUCUCUCCCUCGCUCUCUCUGUCCUCCUCUCUGGCUGCGCUUUGGUAACCUAACAGGGAGGUGUUAACUACUUUUGCUUCCCCAAAGCGCCUCCCGUUAUCUCCGGUGCUGCUGCGCAAGAGUCAGAAGGGCCACUGCUACUGAUAUUCCCACUCCGCAGAAAAGUUUUCGGUUUGUUGUGAGGAUAAAAAAAAAAGCGAAACCCCGGAAACCGAGGAGUCGUCUGUAGUAGAAGCGGAUUCUGCCGCGAAGAGUAUGAAGACCACAUGAAGGUGAGGAACCAGCUUUGAUGUCCACCCUCCCAGGACCCUUUGGCUUCUGCAGCACCUCCAACAAACACUCCAGAAGGGAGACUUUUACCACUUUUUACCCAGGAGGAAAAACGUAAUCUUAAAAAUUUGUUGUAUCUAUUGAAAGGAACUGGGCCAAACUGUAAAGGACUAAAUAAACCAAGUGGCACUUACCUGGCAUGGAAUGAUCUGGACUGAACAGAGUUCAAGUCAAUUUGACUGGAGACAUAUUCAUUCUCUUUAGUUCUACUGAAGAGAAAUGAACUGAAUACAAGCUAAUCCGACCUGACGUUGGUGGACACUCCUUAAUUUCUUAAAGAGUUGUUUCCUAUGAAUGGCUUUUUUCUGAGCCCCUUCUGCUAAAAACCCAACUCCCUUAUUUAACUCUCCAAACCAGAUUCCCUCAAUUCCUCAGACCCUUUCCAAGGGUCUUGGACACUGUCUCCAAUCUCACUGAGGAGGAAUCAUCUCCUCCUCUUCCUCCCAAACUCCUUACGACCUCUCUCUUCCAUCCAGACAUGGACCUCCACAGGGCAGCCUUCAAAAUGGAGAGCUCCUCCUACCUGCCCAAUCCCCUGGCCUCCCCGGCCUUAAUGGUCUUGGCCUCCACCGCUGAAGCUUCUCGCGACGCCUCCAUUCCCUGCCAGCAGCCUCGUCCAUUUGGUGUGCCGGUUUCUGUUGAGAAAGACGUCCAUUUGCCAUUUAACAAUGGUUCUUACACAUUUGCAUCAAUGUACCACCGCCAAGGUGCAGUCCCGCCAGGAUUCCCCAACAGGGACUUCCCUCCGUCCCUCCUCCACCUCCAUCAUCAGUUUGCCCCACCUAAUCUGGACUGCUCGCCAAUCAGUAUGCUGAAUCACAGUGGCGUUGGCGCCUUCAGGCCUUUUGCCUCACCUCCGGAAGAUCGGGAUGGGGCACCAGGUGGGUAUCAGUCUGCGUUCACCCCAGCCAAGCGCCUCAAAGGCUGUCUGGAUGCAGAAGCUUCACCCCACCUGCGGUACUCUGAUGCAGAGGGGAAAGAGUACGACUUUGGAGGUGCUCAGAUCCCUCCUGGAGGCUCACCCAGCAGCGCCCUGAAGGCAGUGGAGGACAGUGGGAAAAAGAUCUUCGCUGUGUCAGGCCUCCUGUCUGAUCGAGAGACUUCUUCCAGCCCUGAGGACCGCAUUGAGCGCUGUAAAAAGAAGAUGUCCCUGUACGACAGCCAGGCUCCGGUCUGUCCCAUCUGCCAGGUGCUGCUCAGGCCCGGAGAGCUACAGGAACACAUGGAGACAGAGAUAGAGAGGCUAGCUACCAUAUGCCUCAGCAGUAAGAACCCUUCACCCAAGGAUGGAGCAGCCACUCCAGGAACCCCUAAGUCGAUGCUGUUGUCGGUGCACAUCAAGCGUGAGGGAGAGUCUCCCGUGGUCUCGCCUCUGUCCUCUGAAGACGCCCACCACUCCGACAGAUACCAGACAUUUUUACGAGUUCGGGCAAACAGGCAAACAAGAUUGAAUGCCCGUAUAGGGAAGAUGAAGAGGAGGAAGCCUGAGGAGGGGGGCCAGGUAUGUCCGCUGUGCAGCGCCCCAUUGGCUGGGAGCGAGGAGGAGAUGAGUAGACAUGUGGAACAAUGCCUGAUCCAGCGUGAGGGUGCGUUAGGCGACGAUGACUCUGCAGACAUGGAUGGAGAGAAUGGCCGGGGCUUUGAGGAGUACGAGUGGGCAGGGCAGAAGAGGAUCAGAGCUACAGCUUUGCUGGAGGGAGGUUUCAGAGGAACAGGUUUUGCCACGUGUAAUAUCAAGGAAAGCGCGGCAGAUAGCGACGCCGACCUAGACGUGGACGGAGACGACACCCUGGAGUAUGGCAAAGCCCAGUACACCGAGGCCGAUAUCAUCCCCUGCUCUGGAGCCGGGGAGGACCAAGGAGAGGCCAGAGAGAGGGAGGCACUACGGGGAGCCGUGCUGAACGGUGGGAUGCCCUCGAACAGAAUAACGCCCGAGUUCUCCAAAUGGGCUAGUGAUGAGAUGCCUUCAACAAGCAACGGCGAGAGCAGCAAGACAGACCCCAGCACUCCUUCAUCCUCCUCCUCUUCCUCCUGUGCCCCGCGCACCUGUAAAAACAGCGAGAUCGAAAAGGUAACGGAGGAGGAGUCCACAGCUACCACCAUGGAGGCCCUGAAGGCUCGAAUCAGAGAGCUGGAGAGGCAGAUACUGAGAGGAGACCGAUAUAAGUGUCUCAUCUGCAUGAGAAAGCCUGCUAUCCAAUCAGGCGCGGAGAUCAAGAGCCUAGGGGUGUGGCCAGGGCCCCGGCCACUGGCCAGUGAGGUCGGAGAGAGGCAGCCUAAGUCCCUCCCCCUCGGCCUGUACUGCCUGUACAGGGGCCUUGUGAUUGGUGGCUACGGCAGCGGCAUAAAGAGGCUCCUCCCACAGCCCCUACGGAGGGACUCCUACACGAUGCCGCUCACCUCCAUCCAGUGCUGGCAUGUCCAUUGUGAAGAAUGCUGGCUCAGGACUCUGGGGAACAAGAAGCUGUGCCCACAGUGCAACACCAUCACCUCACCCGGAGACCUGAGGCGUGUCUACUUGUAAAGAGCACACCCACCCGCCUCUUCGUCCUUCCAGUCCAUUCCUCUUUCCAUCUUGAAUUUCAUCACCCUCCCCGUCGAUCUACAUUUGUUUUCUCUCUCUGUCUCUCUCUCUCUCUCUCGCGUACAGCCUGUAUCAUAGCUCAAAGAGAGCGUACAGAGACAGGACGGCUGUCUGCGAGACUCCGCUGAACCUUUGAGGAGGUCAAAACUUUGUUUGAAUGAAUGACUGAGCAGCACUCACUGACUCCCUGGCUGCCUGGCCACCCAUUUAAAAAAAAAAAAAUGAAAACACAGAGCCCUGCAGUGUCACUGGUCAGUAGGCUUGUUUCCUCUGCCUUACUGACACGACUCCUUCUACGUGUGACGCGGGGUGUCGUCCACUGAAAGACUUUGCAAGUCGGUGAAGACGCCCUGCUGACACAUGGUAGCUUCACGCUGGCAGAGCUGGACCUGAAAGGAACUUCGUGAUGCAGAAUAUAAAGACUUCUUUUUCCCCCCCUAUAGCUCUUCUUUGACAUUUCAGUGGUGCUGGACAAACAGGCUCUGCCCCGAAGACUUGACAGAAAGCUUCUUUUUCCUUUUUUUUUUUUUUUUUUUGUUCUCUGUUCCAGAGAGAAAACUCUACCUUCAUGCCCCUGUUGCUUAAGAGAAUUUAAAAAAAAAGGGCCACUAAAACUGAGCUUUCAACCAAACUGAGAAUAACCUCACAACCUUGAAAAGGAGUUUGACACUUUCUCCUCUUACACCUCUUCUUCUUCUUCGUCUUCUUCCUCUCGCGGGCCCCUCCCUCCCCCUCUUCCCUCUUUAGUGGUGUUCUAGUGAAGUAAACCAAAAUUUCUCCCCUUCCGAGAUGCAGUGCAAGCACAUGUAAUAUAGUUCUAUGUAUGUUUACAAUGUUGGGUGUAAAUGACAUAGAGUUCACACACAAACACACAGACACACAUACACAUGCGCACACAUGUACACACAGAUGCAAACACAGGCACGUGUUACCAUCAGACACACACAGAAGUAUAUAAUAUCAAAGUCCUGUUUUUAGUUGGAAGGGUUUGGGAAUGAUGUUUUGGGGGGAAAAAAUGGCUGGAUUAAAAGAAGCCUUCUGUAUUUUUAAAAGAAAAAAAAGAUAAUUUGAAGAGCUGUUAAAGUUUUAUUUCACUGUACAGGAAUAAGAAAAUUUAAGUAAUAAUAAACUACUCAAGACUAGAUGGUCAGGAUUUAGGUGGUGUAAUUUUUCUGCAGAGUACUGGAGAGAUUCCCAUUGCCCAAGGUUUCCUGCAAACAAGCAGAAUGAUGGAACUGCUCUUUAGUUGCAGCGAUGUCCAACUGAGCCUCUUUUUCUAUAACCUCCAUUUCUGCUUCCUCCCAGUUGGAGUAACAACAUGCUCAGAUCAUAGUCUAGACAUUUUGUUUUACUGGUACACGUCUCAAAAGAACGCUUUUUUCCAUUGUUCUCAUACUGCUGUGCCGCGAAAAAGGUCCCAAAAUGGCAACCCAUUUAUGGGCAGGUUCUUUCUAAGUUAUAACAGAUGAGGGAAGUCUGUGGAAAAGAAGGAUGGUCAAGGCUGAACUGGCAACCUCAACAUUUCCCCCUUGUCCCUCUACGGCAGCAGCAGCCAAGGUGGUGGUGUGCUUUGUGUUUGUAAAACUAUGUAUUCUGUGACGUCUGUAUUGUUGUAAGAAAUGCUGAAAAAAAAAAAGAAAAAAUAAAACUUCUCAAAUACCACGCGUGGUCCUGUUGACACAACCCGGCUGGUAAAAUAAGACAUAGUGAAGAAAACUGUUGCUGUGUUCACUGAAAAAAAAGGUGAGGAAGAUGGCCUUAAUGCAAAAGACACACUUACUCUGUUCAUGUGCAUUUUUAAUAGACUGCGUGUCAUCUCCGUGUCAGUGUUCGCUCUCGUUGGACUUUUUUUUUUUUUUUUUGCAUCUGAAGUUGAUCAUCUCCAUCCGCUGUGAAACAAUGUUAAAGGUCCACAAUUUAAACAGUCAUCGUUUGUUUUCAGAAAGAAAGAAAUGGGGUCUGGGAUCCUUCUUUAUAGCAAGACAAAUAAUAAUUCUGGGGUGAGAAAAGCACGAGUCGAGCAGCCGUUGUAGCUGAAUUCAUCUCUGCUGAGGAGCCUGUAUUUUCUCUUAGCUCUGUUCUCUUUGGUUUCAGCUCAUCAUGUAGUUACACAUCCUGGUAGGUAAAUACUGAAUAGGGAAAAGGUUGCGACGCUGCGCUGUUGCAUUCACGUUGUGAUUCCUCUGAUCUUACAUUGAUUCGAACCUGCCCCAAAGAUGACAAAUUGCACAAGAGGAUUGUGUCAGAACUAAUUUGUGUCUUGUAUAUUCUUGGAAAUGGUACAUGUCUUUCCCGUUUGUAAACUACAUUUGACAUUAAUUAAAUGAUUGUA